UUGAUCCCUUUACACCGCAGUCACCAACUCCCAUCGUAGCAGUAGCUUCCCUUCCCAUCACUCGACGACUUGCUCGUCUUCUCCCCUGCGGAACCCCAACCACCGGUUGCCUGCCCAGAUCUCCCCCACCAUCCGAUGGCCGCCGCACCGACCGCACCACCGGCAGCGUCCCCCGACGACGAGAUCGUGUACGAGUCCAUGCCCUGCAUCCGCAUCUACAAGAACCGCGUGGAACGCUACUUCGGUUCCGAGUUCGUCGCCGCCUCCACCGACGCCGCCACCGGCGUCGCCUCCAAGGACGUCGUCAUCUCCCCCAACGUCUCCGCGCGCCUCUACCUCCCGCGCUUUGAGGAUGGAAGCGCCAAGAAGCUCCCCAUCCUCGUCUACUACCACGGCGGCGGCUUCUGCCUCGGCUCCGCCUUCAACCCCACCUUCCACGCCUACUUCAACGCCUUCGCCGCGCUCGCCAACGUCCUCGUCGUCUCCGUCGAGUACCGCCUCGCGCCCGAGCACCCCGUCCCCGUCGCCUACGCCGACUCCUGGGAGGCGCUCUCCUGGGUCGUCUCCCACCUCGCCAACGCCGGCGACGCCGAGCCGUGGAUCGCGGGCCACGCCGACUUCUCUCGCCUCUACCUCGGCGGCGAGAGUGCGGGCUCCAACAUCGCACACCACAUGGCGAUGCGCGUGGCCGCGGAGGGGCUGCCCCACGGCGCCGAGAUCCGGGGCCUCGUCAUGAUCCACCCCUACUUCCUGGGCACCGACAAGGUGCCCUCCGACGAGCUGGCCCCCGUGGUGCGCGAGAGCCUGGGAUCCCUGUGGCGCGUCAUGUGCCCGGCCACCACGGGCGAGGACGACCCGCUCAUCAACCCAUUCGUGGACGGCGCCCCGGCGCUGGAGGUCCUGGCGUGCCGGCGCGUCCUCGUGUGCGUCGGCGAGAGCGACGUGCUCCGCGACCGCGGCCGCGCCUACUACGACCGGCUCCGGGCCAGCGGGUGGCGCGGCGAGGCGGAGAUAUGGCAGGCGCCCAACAAGGGCCACACGUUCCACCUCCUGGAGCCGCACUGCGACGAGGCCGUCGCGCAGGACAAGGUCAUCAGCGACUUCCUCAACCGUUGACUGGCCUCGCCAGCGGUGGCAUCGCCGGAGCUGAAGAAUCAAAUUUAGCUUCAGUGUACACUCGGAAAUCGGAAUAACUGCAGCCUCGUCGCCGACGAAUGCUGCUGCGCUACACUACUGCUAGUACAUUUGGGAUUCAGAGUUGUGUUUGUGUUCGUUGCAAUUGGGUGUAUGGAUGAAAAGGGGUUGAUGAAACUAUACUUGUUGGACACAGAAUUUGUUGAAACAUUGGUUCGAUCUUCUAAUGUAGUUGAAAAUCACGUAUU